CUAAGACCAAUGGACAAUUUCUCAAAUAUUGGCAUAAUUAGGCGUUCGCUCUUAUUUUCUUUUUCUUUGUAUUCUAACGUGAUUUGAAUGUACGUGAAAUGAUUCUAGCCAUUUAAACUUUAUACAGAACUAUUACAGUAAAUGCAAUUUAUUCUUCACUAGAAGAUAUUGCAACGGAAAAAUAUAUUACUUUUUUAUCAUUUUGUGUUUGAAGUGAAAUGUGGUCGAUGACAGUGUAAAACGGGUGUUUGCUACACAGUCCUAGAAGCACAAGACAGUUUGACCAAGCUAUGCUGUAAAUAGUUGAAAUCCAUCUUCUGUAUAGUGUAUAGUGAGUGUUUAUAGUGCUAGUGUGUUAUAUAAUGAGCGGACAGAACCGUCUUAACAUGCCUCCACCACCUUUGAGACAGAUUGACUUGGAUCAGAUAUGGGGCGACUUAAGGGAAGGAAUCGAACAAGUAUACAAACGACAACAGAUGUCAAAAUUGAGAUACAUGGACUUAUAUACUCACGUAUAUAACUAUUGUACAUCAGUUCAUCAGCAAAGUGGUUCCAGUGGGAAGACGAGCUAUACACGCCCUAGUGGAGGAGCGGCGCCUAAAAAACAGAACCAUGUGGCGGGUGGUGCGCAACUAGUCGGCUUGGAGCUAUACAAGAGGCUAAGGGAGUUUCUGAGGAUGUAUCUCGUCAAUUUAUUGAAGAAUGGCUCUGAUCUCAUGGGUGAAGAUGUGUUGGCGUUCUAUACAAAGCAGUGGGAGGAGUAUCAGUUCUCAUCGCGAGUGCUGAACGGCGUUUGCGCUUAUCUCAACAGGCAUUGGGUCAAACGGGAGUGUGAGGAAGGCAGGAAGGGUAUAUACGAGAUAUACCAACUGGCUUUAGUGACGUGGCGCGACAACUUGUUCAAGUGCCUCAACAAGCAGGUGACGAACGCUGUUCUGAAGUUGAUAGAACGCGAGAGGAAUGGAGAGACCAUCAACACUAGACUGGUGUCUGGCGUAAUAAACUGUUACGUGGCACUCGGGCUGAACGAAGAAGAGCCGGCGGCACGGGGCCAGAACCUGGUGGUCUACAAGGAGACCUUCGAAGUCAUCUUCCUCGAGGAUACAGAGAGGUUCUACACCCGCGAAAGUACGGAUUUCUUAAGGAAUAACCCCGUCACGGAGUAUAUGAUCAAGGCUGAACAAAGACUCCAGGAGGAACAGCGUCGCGUGCAGGUGUACCUCCACGAGACCACGAUGGACAGAUUGGCCAAGACCUGCGAUCGUGUGCUUAUCGAGAAACAUUUAGAGAUAUUCCACUCUGAGUUCCAGAAACUACUGGACGCCGAUAAGAACUCCCACCUGGGCCGUAUGUACAACCUGGUGGCGCGGAUUCCCGACGGCCUGGUCGAGCUGCGACGCCUUCUGGAGCAGCACAUACACGCCCAGGGGCUGCAGGCCAUCGACAAGUGCGGGGAGACUGCACACACGGAUCCAAAGAUAUAUGUAUCGACAAUACUGGAAGUCCACAAAAAGUACAAUGCUUUGGUACUGGUCGCAUUCAACAAUGAUUCUGGCUUCGUGGCUGCACUAGACAAGGCUUGUGGACGCUUUAUUAACAGUAAUUCAGUGACAAAAGCCGCCAACUCAUCAUCCAAGAGCCCGGAACUGUUAGCCAAGUAUUGUGACCUGCUGCUGAAGAAAUCCAGCAAGAACCCAGAAGAAGCCGAACUUGAAGACACUCUUAAUCAAGUGAUGGUCGUAUUCAAAUACAUUGAAGACAAGGACGUAUUCCAGAAAUUCUACAGCAAAAUGUUGGCCAAACGACUCGUACAACACAUGUCUGCUAGCGAUGACGCCGAGGCCUCAAUGAUUUCGAAGUUGAAGCAGGCGUGUGGUUUUGAAUACACGAGCAAAUUACAAAGGAUGUUCCAGGACAUUGGCGUGUCUAAAGACCUAAACGAGAACUUCCGCAAGCACAUAGCGAACAGCAGCGAGAUUCCUCUGCAUAUCGACUUCAGUAUCCAGGUGUUGUCUUCUGGCUCCUGGCCCUUCCAACAGUCCACCUCCUUCCAGCUGCCAACCGAGUUGGAGCGUUCCGUUCACCGUUUCACGACAUUCUACUCGUCGCAACACUCUGGUCGCAAACUCAACUGGCUCUACAACAUGAGCAAAGGCGAGCUUGUCACCAAUUGCUUCAAAAACAGAUACACGUUACAAGCGAGUACCUUCCAAAUGGCGGUUCUCCUUCAGUACAACGACAACACAGCGUGGACUGUGAAACAACUGGAGCACCACACUGGCAUCAAGGGAGACUUCUUGAUACAAGUGUUACAAAUCCUGCUGAAGGCGAAACUGCUGGUCUGUCAGGACGAUGAAGCCGAGCUGAGUGAGUCAUCGGUCGUGGAACUUUAUUUAGGUUAUAAAAAUAAAAAACUUCGCGUGAACAUAAACAUCCCCCUGAAGACAGAGCUGAAGGUGGAACAGGAAGCGACGCACAAACACAUCGAGGAAGACCGCAAGAUGCUUAUACAGGCGGCCAUCGUGCGUAUAAUGAAGACCCGCAAAAAGCUGAAACACCAGCAUUUGGUUGUGGAAGUUCUCAACCAAUUAUCGUCGAGAUUCAAGCCGCGUGUGCCUGUUAUUAAGAAAUGUAUUGACAUCCUGAUAGAGAAGGAGUACUUGGAACGCACGGAGGGAGAGAAAGACACGUACAGCUACCUUGCGUGAUCUCACCUAUACGUUAUUACUAAAUAAAUGUAACAAUAUUAUU